GGGGACAGCCUUUCGCAAAGCAAGAAAUCAAUGAGAUGCGUGGUAUGGUAUCUAAGGUUUUGGUUGGAGAAUCCAUUGUUAAACAAAAUGACCCUGGGAAGGGCAUAAGUGGACUUUUUGGUAAAGACAUUUCUUCAUAAGGUCUUCCAUACAACCCGACAAUCAUCCCCCAUCCCCAUGGUUGUAAUGUAAGAUGCAUAAGAUGGAAUGAGAUCAAGUUUAACCAAUAAAGCAUGUUCUGUUACUACCCUGUUUCUCAUUUGCUGUUGUAUUUGGUCUUGCUAAAAGGCUUGCUGCAGGAUAAUCUAGACUUUAUAUCUUUAAAAAGCAAUUAGGUUUCUUAUGAAAGAAGACAACUCUUAUAUAGGAUAUGUAUAUGGAACAGGGCAAGUGGUAGAGAGCAACUCAUGGCAUUUAGUUGUAAGUACUUUCUUGAUUUCUGGACACUCUAGACCCAGCUAUCUGCCCUUUCUCAAACCAGUCUCACCUUCUCCAUCUGCGCAAGUAGUUCUGCUUCCAACAAGCUCUCCCAGGAAAGAGGCUCAAAGUGCUUUCCGUCUCCCAUAGGCUAGAAAAGAUGAAUGGGCGCGAUCACUUCCGUGCAUAAUGCUCCCCCAUUUAAAGCUUCAUGGCAGAAAGGAACCAAAAGAUUUCAGCUUUCAUAGGUACCCACUUUCAAGUUGACCUGAUCCCAUAUCACUAUUGCUUGCAGAAACUCUCUUUUUCCAAAAAAAUUGCUUGCAGAAACUCUCUUUCUUCAAAAACCUAAUAAAUUAGGAUAUUGUGG